CCGUCAUAUAUUCCCUUUAAAGGCGCAUUAUAACAGCGGCUGAAGAGUUGAACCCGAGCGGAGCAGCCCGGUGCAAUAACACCAAAACACACCCUCGACAGAUAAACAUAUAAAGCACAUCAUUUUCCCGCCAGCUGCGGACUGACGUCAGGGUUCUCAGACGGCUGUGUGUCUGUCAGGGUCCUGCAGAGGAGACGCGCUGCUGUUCUAUGCAGACGGACUGGAUUUUUAUGAACCUUUCGAGGCUUUUUGAUUAAUCGGUCACUCCAUGGGGAUUCUCCGGGGCGCUCCAUCUGGUUUCUCCUGCCCAACACCCCUCAGCCGUCCCUCCUCCCUCUACUGCACCGCCUCCAUACAAAUCAUGAAACUGGUAUUAACUGAAUGGCAUAUGAUAUGGAUUUUUACUUAUUCCAGUAGACAGUAAACACAAAACACACACACGUGCACAUCACACACACCCACAUAAACACACACACACCCACACACACUUGCAUCACAGUGAAUGACCUCAUGAUCGGGUCAUAUCUGUCUCAAUCAAAUCACCUGCGAGCGUCUGGAGUUUGGAGUCUGAUCCUCGCCGGAGCUUCUGAACACCAGGGCACCCGCAGGAUACGGAGCUGCUGCUGCUUUCUGUGUCGGAUCGCCUCCGUUCUGAUUUGCGUGGAGUGUGACGCGAGUGCAUGCCGGCGACGGCGAUGGCCCCGCAGAACAGCGAGGCGGAUGGCGUGCAGCUUCAGGCAGUCGAGGCGGUGCAGAAACACAGCGGCCGCUCAGGUGGUGAAGGCGGAGCUAAUGGAGCCAGCGGAGGAGGAGCUGGAGGGCGGGAUUUGGAAGGUCAGGAGGAGACCGUCAGCGAGGGGUCUAUAGAUCGUAUCCCGCUGCGACAGUGGAUCAUGCACGGUGCCAUCAUGUUUGGACGAGAGUUCUGUUACGCCAUGGAGACGGCGCUGGUCACGCCUGUGCUGCUUCAGAUAGGUCUUCCAGAGCAAUACUACAGUCUGACGUGGUUCCUCAGUCCCAUCCUGGGUCUCAUCUUCACUCCUCUGAUCGGCUCGGCCAGUGACCGCUGCUCACUGCGAUGGGGACGCCGCCGACCCUUCAUCCUUGCACUCUGUGUGGGCGUGCUCCUGGGCGUCGCCCUCUUCCUCAAUGGUUCACUGAUAGGUCUUGCUAUAAGUGACGUUCCCAAUAAUCAGCCGAUAGGGAUUGUAAUGACUGUACUGGGGGUGGUGGUGCUGGAUUUCUGUGCCGAUGCGACAGAGGGUCCGAUACGAGCGUACCUGUUAGAUGUGGCUGACACGGAUGAGCAAGAUAUGGCCCUCAACAUACACGCCUUCUCCGCAGGUCUGGGUGGAGCAGUGGGUUAUGCUCUGGGAGGGCUGGAUUGGACUCACACGUUUCUGGGUCGGACCUUCAAGUCUCAGGAGCAAAUCCUGUUCUUCUUUGCUGCGAUUCUGUUCAGUGUGUCUGUGGUUCUACAUCUCUUCAGUAUCGAGGAACAGCAGUUCAGCCCUCAGCAGGAUCGUCUAGAUGAUGAGGCGGAAACCCACUCCAAUGUUAAAAUCGCCGGAUCUCUGGCACACCCGUCCCAGCUCGACAUGAUCCGAGAACACGAGCCUUACGACCUCUACGCUGACCGACGCUCGGAGCGCGAGUUGGACAUGGACUUCCUGGACGUGGACAUCGUCCGAAGUAAGAGCGAUUCUGUUCUGGCAAUGCCCGAUGCCACGCUGGACCACUUUGACCACGACUCUCUGUUCUUGCAUGAAAUCGAGCCUUCGAUCUUCCAAGACCGCCUUUCGUCCUGUCACGGGUCGCCCCCGCGCCGCAGCAGCAGCGUGGACAGCCAAGAGUUCCUGCGUGGUAGACUUAGCCGUCUGUCGGCGUUCCUGCAGCAGCCCGAGCGGGACGGAGAGGAAGCUCUUCUCGACGAAUCAAAGCCUCCCAACGGUCAUCCCACGGAUCAGAACGCCCUCAACGGUCAGACCUCGCCCGGCACGUGCAUGAAGCCAUCCAGCACCAACGCCUCCAUGAGACGCAGACGUCACACCUUCUACAGACAGUCAUCCUGCACGUUCUCGUACUACGGCCGGGUCGGCUCCCAUCGCUACCGCUACAGGCGGGCCAACGCGGCGCUCCUCAUCAAACCGUCCCGCAGCAUGAACGACAUCUAUGAGAUAGAGAAACGGCACAGGCAGAGGCAGAGGAACGGCCAGAGGACCAGACAUCAGAGCGGAAACACAAACUCCAGCGGAGACACGGAGAGCGAGGAGGGAGAAACGGAGACCACCGUCCGUCUGCUGUGGAUGUCCAUGUUAAAGAUGCCCAGAGAACUCUUCAGGCUGUGUGUGUGUCACCUGGUCACCUGGUUCUCCAUCAUCGCCGAGGCUGUGUUCUACACCGACUUCAUGGGACAGGUCAUCUACGAUGGAGACCCUACGGCUCCGCUGAACUCCACCGCUCUUCAUAACUACCACCGGGGCGUGCAGAUGGGCUGCUGGGGUCUGGUGAUCUAUGCGACCACUGCUGCGAUCUGUUCGGCUUUACUGCAGAAGUACCUGGAUAACUUCAACCUCAGCAUUAAGGUCAUUUAUAUUUUGGGCACCCUGGGCUUCGCGGUUGGCACGGCCGUCAUGGCCAUCUUCCCGAACGUCUACGUCACCAUGGUGAUGAUCAGCAGCAUGGGAAUCAUCUCCAUGAGCAUCUCCUACUGCCCGUAUGCUCUGCUCGGACAGUAUCAUGACAUGAAAGAGUACAUCCAUCACAGUCCUGGUAACUCCAAGCGAGGUUUUGGCAUCGACUGCGCCAUCCUCUCGUGUCAAGUGUACAUCGCGCAGAUUCUGGUGGCGUCGGCGCUGGGCGCAGUGGUGGACGCUGUCGGCUCCGUGCGGGUCAUUCCCAUGGUGGCGUCUGGCGGAUCUUUCCUGGGCUUCCUGGCCUCCUGCUUCCUGGUCAUCUAUCCAGGGUCUAACAGCGAGGGCGAGGGCGCGAAGGGCGAGCAGACAAAGGCGCUGACGUCCCCCAGUAACGGAGAAUCCGCUGUGUCGGAGAAACCCAGCUUCCUCAAGCUCACCCGCAAGGGCGCCGCCAUCACAACCUGCAAAGUUGAGUGUGAAUCCACGCUGUGAAUGCAACUCGACACGCAUCACUAGCUGUCAUCCAUCAAGGAUGAGCACGUUUUGCUUGCACGAAUGAGAUUUCUUUGUGUUUGUUUGUCUGUACUUGGCCUAUAGCGUAGUGGUCUCAGGGUUGCGUUGCAGACUAGACGAGUGUCUUUCCCUCUCAGGGCCACCAGGGGGCGACUCUGGACUAAACUCUUCAGGGAAGAGAGAGAGAGAGGACCUGUUGGUUCUCUAUCGCUCUCGUCCACAUGCACAUCCCUUGCACUCUUCCGCUCAAAAUAAAUCUAGUGUAGUAUAAACUGUAAUAUAAACGAUCAUUUAAUAACUGUGUUUCUGACGUCCCUGUAGAGGACAUGAUGAUUACCAAAAGUUUCUCCGUGCAAUAAUAAGAGUUUCUUUAUAAUGGCUUUAUUUCUCACGCCUCAUCCUGACAGACGCUCAAACCUCAUGAAAGACGAGUCGUGUUUCACCCAGAAAUCAGUGAGGAUUUUGAAGUUCAUUAAGGUCGUUCUCGUUAUAUGAAUAUAUAAUCUUCAACUUAUAUUCACAUUAUUACAGAAGAGAUUUUUUUUUCAUUUCCAUAACAAGCAUUUGGUGGGAACAAGUUUAAAUGUCAAAAUCACUUUGGUACAAAAUGUAAAUGGGAGUAAACAGGCUUUAUUAUUUUAAUGCACAUGUAAAUUGUUAUCUCUUUAGCUUUCUAAAUGUCUGGGGUGAAACAUGACUCGUUUCCUGACCGUUUCUGACCUUAAUGAAUUUUUUUUGGAUGGAGCGUCAAAUAUUUGAUGUCCUGAAGUGCUUUAAUAUGUUUGAUUCAGAGCUGCUGAGCUCGGUGCAUUCACAGUGACUCACAUUUUAAGAGAGAAAAAAAUUUUCUCUCAUUGUAUUCCACAUUUCCCAUGAUUCUCUGCUCCCCCACGCACACACACACACAGAAGGGCAUAACUCUAUGACUCUUGAGAGCGAAUAAUAACCUCAAUGCUGCAUCAGAUACCAACACGCUUUUCACUUUAAAUCAAGUAGAAAUUCUUUUUAAACCGACUAUGUUUUAGAAUCUGCAGUGUUCUUCUGCUGUAUAAAUGCACAUUUGGAGAUGUUUGAUGCGUCGCAGGUUUAUUGCGGUGCCUGUCGCAUUUAAAAAAACAUGUGUGAUUUUAAUGACUUCCUGCGUUUCGUGGCAGAACUUUACAUUUAAACGUUUAAUCUCAUGGAGGACGCUAUAGCGCUCUCUGUUUACAAAGCACCUGACUGACGCGUGUGUGAUUCGCGGGUGCUUCCUCGACUCAUCAGUCCAAAUGACAGUGGCCCUUUUAUUGAUGUUUUUGGGCUCUUGCUGCACUCUACAGUUUCCCGAGGAACAUCGUGUCAGACUCAAGCUGGUUUCUGGUGUGAGCGAUGAAAGUCUGGAGGCUUAUUUCUAUAUUUAACUCGCACACCAGAGAUUACUGUAAGCUGAAACGUCUGUACUUCUGCUUCCCAUGGACCACAUGUCUCAUGACAGGACGUUUGAACUGGCUUUGACCUUCCUAGGGUAUUGAAAUCUCAACAAUAAGCUGAUUUUUAUUUUCUGGAAUGUUUAUUGAAGUAAAAGCAGUUUGAUUGAGAAAAAAAUCAAGUUUGUGACAAAUCAAAGUUGCGAUAUGUGCACCUGCCUCAGUAAGUGUUGGCAUUACCGCGGUGAAUGGCUGAGGUCUGGUACUCCAGAACACACACGGGACUCUUUUAUUUGAAUACUUGAAGUGCAAUCUUGGUUGCGAUUGGAUAUUUUUGAGCGCGUGUGAUGACGUCUUCAGACCUUGAAGCAAAGAUUCUGGAAUGUUGAGAUUGUAGAGCCGGGUUUGGAUACUCAUCUGCGGUUGAAGUUCCCAGUAUUGAAUGUAAUGUUUGUUUGUUUGUUUAGAUUAAGAAGAGGCACUGUUGCACAGAACUUGCACAUACAGAGUUUAAAAGAAAAUGAAUUACUAUCUUGCAAUAGAAAAACUUAAAUACUGUGGUUAUUUAUUUUUUGGAGCGCUUUAUUCUUAAAUAUUUAAAGUUAUAGGCCUACCUAUAGAGAAAAAUAUAUUUACAUUGUGUGUAGAAAUGUAAGAUGAGUGAGGUGUGUGAGAGAGAGAGAGAGAGAGAGAGAGAGAGAGAAGCAUACAGGCAUGUUUGUGCAUGUUGUGUGAUCACUGCGUGCUUGCGUGCAUGCGUGUUUAUGUUCCACAGUUCUCUCAUGACAACACGAGCAGGUCAUUUUGCUACAAAAUCAAAUUGUCAAAAUUGUGAUUCUCAUUAGAUUGUUGUUACAGUGUUUUUUUAUGGUGUCACGUUAUCGAGUGCUCUAUAGACACUCUUGGUUGUCUUUAAGUCAAACACACCAUAACAUGUUUUCAUCUUCCGUUAGGUUAAACAUGAGCCGAAUGAUUCACGUGAUCUUCAGUUCAUCAUUAGUUUACAGUUCACUUUACAAUAAACCCGAGUAGUCUUCAGAUUUAACAUCUCUCAUAUAAAUCUUGUUUUUCAGUCAGUUUGAAUGCGGAAUGUUUUCAUGUAUGUUAUUUCAAUGCAUAAUGUAAGGUGGGAGAAAACAUUGCGGUGUACCUAAUGCCUUGGGAUAUUAAAGAUGUAUAUAUAGUUUCUCUUGCUUCUGUACAAAAGCUGAUUGUUUUUUAUUAGUUUUAUUUUCUAUGAGGACUGUAUAUAAUUGAUGUACAUACGUAUGCCUGCAAAUAUAGAAGAAUUACACUCUACUGAAUGCACCUUUAAAGAAUUCAAACCAA